AUGGCCCGUGAGGAAAUCAUCUCCUCUGCUGAUCCGUCGGUAGCGUCUUCGCCGAUCGAGAAGAGAGUCGCAUUCCUUCAAUCCAAGAACCUCACCCGAGAGGAGGUUGACAUCGCUCUGUCACGAGUGGGUGAGGAUCCAGCGGCCGCCGCUGCAGCAUCCUCCGCAACAGGAUACCAAGCCCCAUCACAACAAGCUGUCUAUCGACCUCCUCCACCCUCUGCCCAAGGCUAUGGUUACCCCCCGUAUGGCCAAUGGCAGCCUCCGCCGGAACCCCCGAAACGGGACUGGCGUGACUGGUUCAUCAUGGCGACCGUGAUGGGAGGUGUCGGAUAUGGGCUGUACACUGUUACCAAGCGCUACGUUGCCCCUCUGAUCGCGCCCCCAACUCCGCCACAACUCGAACAAGACAAGGAGAACAUCGACGAGCAGUUUUCCAAAGCUUUUACUUUGAUCGAGCAGCUCUCCACCGACACAGCGGCCCUGAAAUCGGCCGAAGAGACGCGCACAGAGCGGUUAGACUCUGCGCUACGGGAGGUCGAGAGCCUGGUUGCCGACUUGAAGACUGCCUCCCGCCGGAGAGACGAUGAGACCCGCCGUAUCAACGAUGAGAUCCGAUCGUUGAAGGAUGCGAUUCCCAAGGCCCUGGAAGGCGCCCGAGAAGGCAAUGACAACCGGUUGAAGGAGCUUGGCACGGAGUUGAAGAGUCUGAAGACCUUGCUGGGCAACCGUCUCGGUGCCCCCAGUGCCGCCGCGCCCCCUGCUCUGGCGAAGUCCGCUACUCCUGCUCCCCUGCCGACUGCCUCGCGUCCCGUGGAGACAUCGUCCCCUGCCACUGCUGCCCCGACCAACGGUGUUCCUGCGCCAUCCGUUGAGCAGGAAACCCCGCAAGCCCCCGCGGCGGCGGCGGCGGCGGCCUCGGCCCCGAGCCCUAGCACCACCCCAUCCUCGCAAUUCAGCCGAUCCGCUUCCAUCCCCGCUUGGCAAAUGGCCGCCGCCAACCGGUCCAAGGCCGCCUCCCCGGCCGCCGCUUCUCCGAAGACCAAUUCUAGAAGAGAAGAUACAAUGUCCACUACAGACCACCGCACCCGCCCCCACCGACCACCGAGUCCCUCCCAUUCUCGCUCGCGCUCGCGCUCCCCAGACCGAGACCGAUCAGCCAGACACUCCGACCCCAAACGACACCAUCACCACCACCACCAUCACCGUCACCACCACCGACACCAUGAUCCCGAUCGUGACGAGGAGCGCCGCCGUCGUCACCCCCGACACAGUCACCGCUCCCAUCGACGAGAGGAUCCGCAACCACAACCGGAACCGCAACCCGUGAUCCUCCCCUUCCAGGCUAGAGAGCUCUCAAGGCGCCAUCUGCACCACUAUGAGCCCCUGUUCGCCAUGUACCUCGACAUCCAGAAGGGGAUAAUUCUUGAGGAUCUAGACGACGAGGAAGUCAAAGGGCGGUGGAAGAGCUUUGUUGGGAAAUGGAACCGCGGAGAACUCGCCGAAGGAUGGUACGACCCUGCCAUGCUGGACAGGGCGAGGAAGAGCGCGCAGGAGAACCCUCCUCCUCUUUCUUCCUCUCGUCGUCCUCCGCCCGCUUCGCGCAACUCGCCUGAUUAUAACCGCGGUGUCUCAGAAGGUGGAGAAGCCCCCGCACCAGAAGGGAACAGAAUUGGCGAAGACGAAGGAGGCGACGAUGACGACGACGACGAAGACUACGGCCCUAGUUUACCGCGCUUUGAUCCUCGAGCGCGCGGUGGCCCGUCCUCUGGCCCGACUAUUCCCACGAUGCAGGACCUUGAUUUGCGGAAGGAAUCCGCCCGCGAAGACGCCCUAGAAGCACGCCACGACUGGCGCAAAGAACAACGCUACGAGAAGCAAUCCCACCGCGCCGAAAUGCGCCACAUCCAAGACGAAGUGGCACCGCGCGCAGAACCGGGAACGCACGAGCGACGGAUGGAGAAGCGGGCAGAGAACGCCGCGGCGAAUCGUUCUUUCGCGGAGGGCCGAAGGGGUGGCUCUCCGACGGAGGGGAUGCCGGAUGAUGAGUUGAUGGGGUCUGGAGAGAAUGAGCUGACGGCUAUCAGGAAGGAUAGGGAGAGAGAGCAGCGGAAGAAGAAUGAUCGGGAGAUUCGGCGGGAGGAGAUUAUGCGUGCGCGGGCGGCGGAGCGAGAGGAGAGGGUUCAGCAGUAUCGGCAGAAGGAGGAUGAGACGAUUGGGUGGUUGAAGACGCUGGCGAAGCAGCGGUUUGGUUGA